AUGGUCCUUCUGUUGAUCUUGUCAGUGCUGCUUUUGAAAGAAGAUGUCCGUGGGAGUGCACAGUCUAGCGAGAGGAGGGUGGUGGCUCACAUGCCGGGUGACAUCAUUAUUGGAGCUCUGUUUUCUGUCCACCACCAGCCCACCGUGGACAAAGUUCACGAGAGGAAGUGUGGGGCAGUCCGCGAACAGUAUGGCAUUCAGAGAGUGGAAGCCAUGCUGCACACCCUGGAAAGGAUCAACGCAGACCCCACACUCCUGCCCAACAUCACACUGGGCUGUGAGAUAAGGGAUUCCUGCUGGCACUCGGCUGUGGCCCUAGAACAGAGCAUUGAGUUCAUAAGGGACUCCCUCAUUUCUUCGGAAGAAGAAGAAGGGUUGGUGCGCUGUGUGGAUGGCUCUUCCUCCUUCCGCUCCAAGAAGCCCAUAGUAGGGGUCAUUGGGCCUGGCUCCAGUUCUGUGGCCAUUCAGGUCCAGAAUUUGCUCCAGCUUUUCAACAUACCUCAGAUUGCUUACUCGGCAACAAGCAUGGAUCUGAGUGACAAGACUCUGUUCAAGUACUUCAUGAGGGUUGUGCCUUCAGAUGCCCAGCAGGCUCGGGCCAUGGUGGACAUAGUGAAGAGGUACAACUGGACCUAUGUGUCAGCUGUGCACACGGAAGGCAACUACGGAGAAAGUGGGAUGGAAGCUUUCAAAGAUAUGUCAGCCAAGGAAGGAAUCUGCAUUGCUCACUCUUACAAAAUCUACAGCAACGCGGGGGAGCAGAGCUUCGAUAAGCUGCUGAAGAAGCUCAGGAGUCACUUGCCCAAGGCCCGGGUUGUAGCCUGCUUCUGUGAGGGCAUGACCGUGCGAGGACUGUUGAUGGCUAUGAGGCGCCUGGGUCUAGCUGGAGAAUUUCUGCUUCUGGGCAGUGAUGGCUGGGCUGACAGGUAUGAUGUGACUGAUGGAUAUCAGCGAGAAGCUGUUGGCGGAAUCACAAUCAAGCUCCAAUCUCCCGAUGUCAAGUGGUUUGAUGAUUAUUAUCUGCAGCUACGGCCAGAAACAAACCUCCGAAACCCUUGGUUUCAAGAAUUUUGGCAGCAUCGUUUUCAGUGCCGGCUGGAAGGGUUUGCACAGGAGAACAGCAAAUACAACAAGACCUGCAACAGUUCUCUGACUCUGAGAACACAUCACGUUCAAGAUUCCAAAAUGGGAUUUGUGAUCAAUGCGAUCUACUCCAUGGCCUAUGGCCUUCACAAUAUGCAGAUGUCCCUCUGCCCAGGCUACGCGGGCCUCUGUGAUGCAAUGAAGCCCAUCGAUGGACAGAAACUUUUGGACUCCCUGAUGAAAACCAAUUUUACUGGGGUUUCCGGAGAUAUGAUCUUAUUCGAUGAGAAUGGAGACUCUCCAGGAAGGUAUGAAAUAAUGAACUUCAAGGAAAUGGGAAAAGAUUAUUUUGAUUAUAUCAAUGUUGGAAGCUGGGACAAUGGAGAAUUAAAAAUGGAUGAUGAUGAGGUAUGGUCUAAGAAAAACACCAUCAUCAGAUCCGUGUGCAGUGAACCAUGUGAGAAAGGCCAGAUAAAGGUGAUCCGGAAGGGAGAAGUCAGCUGUUGUUGGACCUGUACACCAUGUAAAGAGAAUGAGUAUGUCUCUGAUGAGUACACCUGCAAGGCGUGCCAACUGGGAUCCUGGCCCACCGAUGACCUUACAGGUUGUGAGUUGAUCCCAGUACAGUACCUUCGCUGGGGUGACCCUGAGCCCAUUGCAGCUGUGGUGUUUGCCUGCCUCGGCCUGCUGGCCACCCUGUUUGUCACCGCAGUCUUCAUCAUUUACCGCGACACCCCCGUCGUCAAGUCCUCCAGCAGGGAACUCUGCUACAUCAUCCUUGCUGGCAUCUGCCUGGGCUACUUAUGUACCUUCUGCCUCAUUGCAAAGCCCAAACAGAUUUACUGCUACCUUCAGAGAAUCGGCAUUGGUCUCUCCCCGGCCAUGAGCUACUCAGCCCUGGUAACCAAGACCAACCGUAUUGCGAGGAUCCUGGCUGGCAGCAAGAAGAAGAUCUGUACCAAAAAGCCCCGAUUCAUGAGUGCCUGUGCCCAGCUGGUGAUUGCUUUCAUUCUCAUAUGCAUCCAGCUGGGCAUCAUCGUCGCCCUCUUCAUAAUGGAGCCUCCUGAUAUAAUGCACGACUACCCAAGCAUCCGGGAGGUCUACCUGAUUUGUAAUACCACCAACCUAGGGGUCGUCACUCCUCUCGGAUACAAUGGGUUGCUGAUUUUGAGCUGCACCUUCUACGCUUUCAAGACCAGAAAUGUCCCGGCUAACUUCAACGAGGCCAAGUAUAUCGCCUUCACCAUGUACACCACCUGCAUCAUCUGGCUGGCCUUCGUGCCAAUCUACUUUGGCAGCAACUACAAAAUCAUCACCAUGUGCUUCUCCGUCAGCCUCAGUGCCACCGUGGCGCUCGGCUGCAUGUUUGUGCCGAAGGUGUACAUCAUCCUGGCCAAACCCGAGAGAAACGUGCGCAGCGCCUUCACCACGUCCACCGUGGUCCGCAUGCACGUGGGGGACGGCAAGUCAUCCUCCGCCGCCAGCAGGUCCAGCAGCCUCGUCAACCUGUGGAAGAGGAGAGGCUCCUCGGGGGAAACCCUAAGGUACAAAGACAGGAGACUGGCCCAGCACAAGUCGGAAAUAGAGUGUUUCACCCCCAAAGGGAGUAUGGGGAAUGGUGGGAGAGCAACAAUGAGCAGCUCCAAUGGAAAGUCGGUCACGUGGGCCCAGAACGAGCGAAGCGGCCGGGGGCAGCACCUGUGGCAGCGGCUGUCCAUCCACAUCAACAAGAAGGAGAAUCCCAACCAGACGGCGGUCAUCAAGCCCUUCCCCAAGAGCACGGAGGGCCGCGGCCUCGGGGCGGGCGGCGGGGCCGGCAGCGCGGGCCCCAGCGCGGGGGCCACGGGCGGCGGCGGCGGCGGCGGCGGCGGCGGCGCCAGCUGCACAGCUGCGGGCCCCGGCGGCCCCGAGCCCCCCGACGCCGGCCCCAAGGCGCUGUACGACGUGGCGGAGGCCGAGGAGCAGCUGCCCGCGCCCGCGCGCCCGCGCUCGCCCUCGCCCAUCAGCACGCUGAGCCAGCGCGCGGGCUCGGCCGGCCGCCCCGACGACGAAGCGCCGUCGCUGCCCUCGGAGCCCGCGGCGGCGCGCGGCAGCGCCUCGCAGGGCUCGCUCAUGGAGCAGAUCAGCAGCGUGGUGACCCGCUUCACGGCCAACAUCAGCGAGCUCAACUCCAUGAUGCUGUCCACGGCCGCUCCCGGGCCCGGCGCGGGCGCCCCGCUCUGCUCCUCCUACCUGAUCCCCAAAGAGAUCCAGCUGCCCACGACGGUGACGACCUUCGCCGAAAUCCAGCCUCUGCCCGCCCUCGAGGUCACGGCCGGGGCGCAGCCCGUGGCGGUGGCAGCGGCGGCAGCGGCGGCCCCGCCGGCGGGGGGCGCUGCCCUGGAGACCCCGGCGCCCGGGCCCGAGGCUGCGGCGGCGGCGGCGGCGGGCAAGCCGGACCUGGAGGAGUUGGUGGCCCUCACCCCGCCGUCCCCCUUCAGAGACUCGGUGGACUCGGGGAGCACCACCCCCAACUCGCCAGUGUCCGAAUCUGCCCUGUGUAUUCCAUCGUCUCCCAAAUAUGACACACUGAUCAUCAGAGAUUACACGCAGAGCUCCUCAUCCUUGUGA